AUGGACGAUGCGAAGUCACGACCUGGGAGUGUCGACUCCUUGCCGAAGCAGUUGCUGUUGAAAGGCUUGUUGGCAUACAGUGCUUUCGGUGCUGUCCAAGUCUUUAUCCGCCUUAUCCGGGGGUGGAGGGAGUCCCUCAAGAUGCGAGACAUGCUGGCUGACAUUCCGUCGACAAAAGGCAACGAGGAGCCGAUGUCUUGGCUCAAGGGGAUGAGAGAAAACUGGCAGCGCGUCAACGACUGGCGCUACGAAAUCUGCGAGGGAAUGCAAAUCUGCAAGAACGUGGGCUUCAGGUGGAGCAGUGGGGGGCACUCUGUAAUCUGCGGGGACCCUGCAAUGGUUCGCCACUUCUUGAAGGACUCGUUUGACGUGUACACAAAGGGAGACCCAUCAGAAAACCCUGUCUUCUUUUACUUGCAGGAAUUCUUGGGCGACGGGAUCUUCACUGUCAGGCACGGUACAGGCUCCGAAGAUGAUGGGAAAGCUUGGGCGCAGAUGCGGAAGAUCUCAUCUCAAAUUUUUAGCCGGAAGAAUUUCAACUCCCUGAUGCAGGAUGUGUUCGUGGAGAAAGCUGAAGCACUGCGCAGUUUUCUCUCGCGUCCACAGACGCAGCAGGAGGCAGUGGACCUCCAGAUGGGGUUUUUCACCUUCACGAUGGACAGCAUCAUGAAGAUCUUCUUCGGAGAAGACUCCAAUACCGUCAUGGGCAAAGAGAACAAGUACGGCGAAGCUUUUGACAAAGCUCAGUCUGCAAUGCGCCGGCACAUGAUCAAGUCUCUCUCUUUUCACCUGAUUUCUCGCACAUUUCUGCCUUGGCCCUUCGGGGGCAGUACAGGAAUCGCACGCAUGAUCUGGGAUACCUUGUCUCCCACACAUCGGGAGUUCAUGGCGGAGCGCCGGAUCAUCAAUGCCGAAGCAGACAGACUGGUGCAAGAUUGCUUGGCCGAUCCUCAGCGCGACAAUCGUCGAGAUCUACUUGCCUUGUUUCUUCAGGCGCAGAAGGAACAGAAGUUCACGACAAAGUUUGUGAAGGACAUGGUCCUGAAUUUGAUCAUUGCCGGCAGAGACACGACGGCCUGUCUGCUGUCUUGGAUGUUCUACGAGAUUGCACGGAAUCCUGAUGUGCAGAAGCGUCUGCAGGAGGAGAUUGACAAAAAGUCUCCAGCAGGUAUGCCGAUGGACCUGAAGAGCUUGUCUCAUAACGAACUGCCCUACUUGCACGCGGUGGUCUACGAAUCGUUGCGCUUGUGGCCCCCAGUUCCAGUGGACUCGAAGAUCGCCCAGGUAGAUGAUGUUCUUCCGGGUGGUUGGAGGGUGCCCAAAGGUACAACGCUCGUAUUCUGCCCGUACAACAUGGGACGCGAUCCAGACCGCUACCCGGAGCCGCAAGCUUUUAAGCCAGAGCGUUGGAUUCCCUUCUCCGCACCGCCGCACCACGAGUUCCCCGUGUUUCAGGCAGGACCACGCAUCUGCCUCGGCAUGGACAUGGCCAUCUUCGAGGCGAAGAUCGCCGCCGUUGAGCUGUUGCGGCACCUAAGCUUUGAGCUGAAGACUGGCCAGCAGAUUACUUACAGCGACAAAAUCACAAUGAGCAUCAGAAGCGGUGACAAAGACGAACUGCUAGUUUGGGUCAAGAACCGCAAGCCUGGCAUGCCUUCCUGA